AAAUAAAAAAUAUCGAGCCCGGAGCCGGUAAACAAAUCAGUAAUCACUAAUCACCAUCAAUACCGCCCAUGCCCUUUUUUUUCUUUACCGAGACGCUACUACUGUACUUUAUGUAGUUAUAGUGUAAUGUCAUUAAUUAUAAUCAAGUGAAUUAUUGUAUCUUUGGUUCAUACUUCAUAUUCCAAUUCAUGUCAUAAUCGUAUUCUUCUAAAUAGAAGAGAUUAUUUACAUAAUUAUUUACACAAGUGAAAUGAAACGGUGUGGAUGGGUUAAUAAUGAUCCUUUGUAUAUUAGUUACCAUGACAAUGAAUGGGGUGUACCUGAAUUACAUAGUCAAAAACUUUUUGAACUUCUUUGCUUAGAAGGACAGCAAGCAGGAUUAUCAUGGAUAACAAUUUUAAAGAAAAGAGAAGGUUAUAGACAACUGUUUCAUAACUUUGAUCCCUAUGAAAUUGAAAAAUUUGAUGAUAAUUGUGUUCAAUUUUUUUUAAGUGAAACAAGAAUAGUCAGGCAUAAAGGUAAAAUUCAAGCUAUCAUCAACAAUGCAAAAUGUUAUAUAGAUAUGGAGUCAAAUGAAGAAAACUUUUCAGAUUUCAUAUGGAAAUUUGUCCAUUAUAAACCAAUAAUUAACAAUUGGACAUCUGAUAAGGAAGUGCCGACAGAAACAGAGGUUUCAAAAGAACUUUCAAAAUCAUUAAAACAGAGAGGUUUUAAAUUUGUUGGUUCUACAAUAUGUUAUGCUUUCAUGCAGGCUAGUGGUCUUGUUAAUGAUCAUAUUACUGAUUGUGUUUGUAGAAAAAAUAUAUAGUCAUACUUUUAACUAAA